ACAUCGCAUUAGAAGAGAAUAUAAAUUGGUAUCACGAACAGGCAGCGAUGCGUUUAAGACGACGCGAGGAGCGCAGGCGGGAACAGUUUCGACUGUAUCACACUGUAUCGACAGUGUGACAAGUCGUGUGUCGAAAACUACAGUUUCGACUGUGUCGACAGUUUUGACUGUCGCACACUGAAGUGACAAUUUCGACUGGGUCGAACUAUCGACUCAUUGAUGCGACAUUUUAGACUAUUUGCAAGAAGUUGAAAUGACAGUUUCGUCUACGUUGAAAUGACUGUCGUUUGUACAGCGCCCGAGACCCGUUCGACUUCAUUCGUCUCGGCGCUAGUGGAUCGUCGUACCGGCGGCUGUCUGAUGUCGGCCUGGAAUCGCCGCCGCUGCAGCGUCAAGUCAGGGAUUGAAAAACGCUAGUCUCGGCUUGCCGGUACGUUGGCUCUCGUGCAAAAGGCUGAGUGGGGUCAGUGACCCUGUUGAGCUCGAUAGGCUUGUGUCUUGUCAUGUAAUGCGGCUUGUAUUGCCGAUCGCAUUGGUGUUUGAAAGGUACGUUUCGCUUGUAUCAUACGUACCGUUUGAAUCAUGAAUUUGUCGCGGCUGACAGUGCAAUUGUUAAGGGCACAGCUUUUGGCUAGAAAUCGUAAUGCCAAAGGCACUAAGGCUGUACUUGUAAAAAGGUUAGGGGAAGCUCUUCAAGAGGAAGGCAUUGAUGUUACCCUAUUUGUUGCUCGCCUAAUCGGUAACUCUGUGACCGGGGAGGGUCAGAAUGAUGAACGUCAGGUAGGUCAGUCAGCUGCUUCGGCUACCAGUCCUGUCGUGACCAGUCUCGUCGACGGAGGCUCGAGGCCCAGCCAAUCAGAUAUUGCUAUUGACGCUGUAGAUCCCGAGGAUUGCUGCAUUGAGAUUUCUGGUGCUGGUGCUCGUUUGCGGGCCUCCGCUGCUGGUCAGAACGCUGUUCGGGACCCGGUAAACCAGCGGGCUGUCUGUCCUGAUGAAGAUGUGCAGCCAGCUGACAGUGCUUCCCAUGAUGGUGGGUCCGUCUUGUCUCGGGGAAGUGCAAGAUCAUCUCUGGCUUCGACGAAGGCCCAGGAGUCAGCUAGACGAGCUGCUCUGAAAGUGAAGAUGAAGUUCCUAAAAGAAAGGCAGAUGUUGGAGCUUCGUGAGCAGGAACUGAAGAUGAAGAAGGAGGAAUUGAAGCUGCGUGAAGCCCUUGAAGAAUCUGAAGCCUUUGAAGCCGCACUUUCAGAAAGCGGGCCUAACUCGACUGUUUCAACGGCUGUUGGAGGAACCGGUAACAGCACCCAGGAAAGGAUUUCGCCCAUUUCGAGACCGGCCACUCCCCCUCCGGCACCAGAAGCUAGACGUACCGAGAACGAGGAUCAUCAGGCGAGCUUGAUGAAGAAGUUGCUCACCUCGUGUGUUCUCCCAAAGCCAGACAUUCCCGUGUUCUCAGGCGAUUUUGCCAGAUUCCACCAGUUUUUGAGAGCGUUUGAUGGACGAGUCGCUAGCGUGGUCGUCGAUGAGGAAGAGAAGCUUCGCUAUUUGGAGCAGUUUACGUCUGGAACACCAAGAGACAUCGUACGGGGAUGCAUGUUCAUGAAGACCGGUGGCUAUGAGGAAGCGAAGAGGCUAUUGAUGAAGAGGUAUGGCAACCCUGACCGGAUGGCUGAGUCAUUCAUCGACCGUCUGGUGCACUGGCCACUUGUGAAGGGUGAUGAUGUCGCUGGACUCGACAAGCUCGCGGUGGAGAUGAGAGCCUGUCACAACGCAGUGGACAGUCUGAAGGGAGCCAGCCAUGAGCUGAACCAUCCAAAAACAAUGAAGAAGAUUUUGGAGAAGCUGCCCUUCGCAAUUCAAGAGAAAUGGCGGAGAGAAGUGGACCGUCUGGCAGAAGGAGAGGGAAGGUCUGCACUGUUCUCUGAUCUGGUCAGCUUGAUGGAAGUAGAAGCCAGAAUCGCUUCAAACGCUGCCUUCGGCCGUCAAGUCUUUCUCAAGAAAGACCUAUCAAGAGCCGACAAGUCUCAGGAGACCAAAGUCAAGUGUAAUUACGUCAAAACCAAAGACGCUGAAACCGAAAAGAAGAUAUGUGUAUUGUGCAAGCACGAGCACGACUUGUCUGCGUGCCCAGUUUUUGCAGAGAAAACAUUGGUGGAAAGAGAGAAGCUUGUUCGUCAGCACGCGCUCUGCUUCGGAUGUCUGGAGGCGGGUCACAGGUCCAGAUGGUGUAAGUCCCGUCUGACUUGCAUGGUGUGCGGGAAGGGCCACCCCUCUGUGCUCCAUAGAUACCAGACGGCGACGGUCAGCCACGAUAGCCCGCCGAUGACUCUAUUAAGUGACCAGCGGGCUUCGCAGGCAGCAGUAAACGUCCUCUCUUCUAGAAGAGCAGGACAUUCGGGUGUAAAGAUGCCAAUUGUUCCGGUGAAAGUGAAGUACCAAGGUGAGACUACUGUACAGACUUACGCCCUUCUCGACAGCGGUAGCUCAUCAACCUUCUGCAGUCAGUUGUUGUUGGACAAGCUGGGGGUGCCCACCUCGGCGAAGACCAAACUCUCCGUCAUCACCAUGGCCAGGGACCCGCUCAAAGUCUGGACGGCUCCCGUUGAGGGCUUAUCGAUAUGUGGCAUCGACGAAAGUGACCCCGUUGACUUACCUGAAGUGUUCUCGUUGGGAAGCAUCCCAGCUAGCCGGGAGGAGGUCUGUAGAGUUGACGAUCUCUCUGACUGGCCACGCCUGCAGGAAGUCGUCCCGCCUGACAUAGACGCUGAAGUAGGACUCUUGAUUGGCGUAAACGUCCCGGCUGCUCUGGAGCCUGUCGACUUCAUCAAGAGUCGUGACGGCGGCCCUUUCGCGGUAAAAACCAGGCUUGGAUGGGUGGUCCAAGGCCGAGUUCGACACUUGAGACCGACGCAGCCGAAGAGCACCACGAAUCGCAUCAAAGUGGAGCCCCAGCAGCUUCAUCUGGACGGGAGCCUGGCUACUGGAGAACGACACUUGUCUGUUGAAGAUCCUCGAUGGCGGAGCGAUGACACAGUUCAGCCGCCAGAGGUACGCCUGAGGAACGUUCUCCCCUUCGGCGCCAGGUCCUCACCCGGAGUCGCUGACUGUGCUCUGGGGCAGGCUGCGGAAGCCAGUGGUGAAAGAAGUUCGUGGUUGAAGCCAGAUAAACCAUUGGAGACUGAAGAUGCUGUUGUGAUCGCUGACAGUGGCCUUCAAAGGAUCCAGCGACCACUGGGUCGUGUGAUAGAAAGGCGUGCUAGCCAGGACGGACUGGUGAGAAGUGUUAAUGUGAAAACGAAAGGAAGGGAGAUGUGGCGCCCAGUCACGAAGCUGGUGUCAUUGUGCUAGGCGCCAGCUGAGCGAGGACGCUGUGCCAGAUGGUCUCUGUGCCAGUUCGAUUGAGGCAAUCUGCGUUGCGCAAGGUACUUGUUGAUUUGGGGAAAUGCAAACGUGCGCACUGCCUCUUCAUGUUCCCCUUGUGUUCUCGUUUUGUAUGUUCGGCCUUGAAGACCGAACGGGGAGGGUGUAGCGGCGCCGAGGCGCCGAAGAUGCGCACGACUCCGGGGUGCAAGCGCCGUCGGUGUCACAAUCAUGUGCAUUUUGCGUUUAUUGUGCCAUUUAACAGAAAGUUGUUUUUGUUGUUCAGCUAAAAUGUGCCAAAAGCUGUUUUUCAUCAAGUUUGCAUUGUCAAUUGUAAUUUUAGCUUUAUUUCGCUAAAAAGGUUGUCUAAACGAUUAACGUAAAUAUGUCCGUUUUUGGCCGCUACCUUGUUAAGCGGUAUCUCCACGUCCUGUCUGCGCUGUGAUUUGCGAUACAGUCGAAACCAUUGCAUUGCAUUGCCACAUCGCAUUAGAAGAGAAUACAAAUUGGUAUCACGAACAGGCA